AUGCACAAACUACUGUUGGGAUCGUUCAUCGCGGCAAUCAUUGUAAAUGUGGCUCAUGCGCAGCCCGCGUGUGACGGCAACCGGCAGAGUUUCGCGUGCUCCUGUUCCGACUCUUCCGACGGACUGUCCGUGUCCUGUGAAUACAGGGGCUUCAAGGAGAUUCCCGAAGGAAUACCCGAUGACGUCGUCUCCUUGAACCUCAUGCACAACAAGAUAGAGGAGCUGAAGACAGGCCAACUUGAGCGUUUCAGUAAACUGAAGAGUCUUGUUUUAAAACACAACGGACUCCACACCAUCGACGAAAAGGCAUUUUCGGGACUGAACGAACUUGAGGUGUUAGAUCUCUCGUACAACAAGCUGACGUCAGUUCCCUGCGACGAAUUUCAGUGGACAUCCAACUUAAAGACUCUUCAUAUGACGGAGAAUCUGGUGACGUCACUUUCCGGACAGUGUUUCAGUCGUUGA